UUCCCGCGCUGUUGGCCUUAUUCUGGCGUCGCAGCUCACGCCAUCAUCUCAACCAUUAUCGUUCACCGUCAAGCAUGUCUGAUAGCCACAGGGAACAAUCUUCCGCGGCCUUGGACACGGCGACUUUACGUCGGCGCGCCUCUGCUUCCGCCUCCGUUUACCCAUUCAGCUUCGACGUAGGCGACCUACAGGACGCACUGGUGCGCAUGGAGGGCGCCGGCGCCGGCGGCAGUGCGAACAAGCGCCGACGACUGUGCUCGGCGCCUGAAGACGCGGAAGCGCAUUUCUUGCAGCCUGAGGCUUCCCAGACCACAGCCACUACUGCUGGUGCUGCAGCCGCGACGCCUGGCAGCGCCGUCUCUACAGCCGUGGCCGCGACUGAUUUGGGUCGGCUGACUCCAGCUGCAGCCGCUGCCGCGAAACGUCGCAAGGAGGCCGCCGCGACCGCGGGCAAUAAUACCACGACAGCCAGCACGCUCGCGUCUGGGCCGCCAGCUGCCAGCAUCAGCAGCAAUAGUGUCGAGGGCGGGCAGCCGCCUGCACGCGCUCCUUCGGCUUCUGCAGCAGGUGCGGCCGCAGUCGCCGCAGUCGCCGCAGCGGCGGCACCACACCACGGCGGCAGGCCGGCAGCAGCACACCUGCACCAGCGCCCCCGCAUCGCCUGGCCUUUGGCAGUGGCAGCCCCGCCAGCCUACCCGACCACAGGCGGCGCAUUACCAAGCGGCAAGGCGGCCUCGGCGCUGCACGUGUUGGACGUGCCCACGCACCUGCUCAGCCGAAUCCUGGUCGGCACGGGGCGCGGCGGCGGCGGGGCUGUGGGCAGCUGCCACGCGCUGGCGGCAGCGUGGCGUGCGGGUUUGCAGCAGCCAUCGCUCGCCGCCACCUUCCUGCAGGCGGCCUACGGCCCCGCCGCCGCCUCUGCACGCCUGUACGACCACCCACAGCUGCUGCAGCGCCUGGUCGCCGGCAGCAGUAGCAGAGGCGGCUGUGAUGGUGAUGGUGGCGAUGGUGGUGGCGGUCAGGACCAGCAGCAUCAGGUGCCGGCGUCAACGGUGGUAGCGGACAUCGCGCUUGCCGAGGUGCUGAGGUGCCUGUUGUCUGCGACCGGCAGCGCUGGAGGCGGCGCCGUCGCCUUCGGGGCGGGCUCGGACGCUGCCGCCAUGCCGCCUCAUGACGAGCCCCUGCCCUUGCUGACCAACCUGAACCAACCGUCGCCGCCGCCGCCGGCACCGCCGCCGCCGCCGCCGCAGCAGCAGCACCAGCAGCACGAACGGCCUCAUGCGGGAGCGGAUGCGCUGCUGCUGCACGCCGCUGCCGCUGGUCACAUGCGUGUGGCUCUGCUGGCGGCGGCCCUGGGCGGCAGCGUGGGUCCUGCGCUGGUGCGUGCGGCGGGUGAGGGCCACCUGGGCGUGCUCAUGGCUCUGCUGCUGCCGCCAUUCCAGUGUGCGGCGGGCGCUGCUGCCACGCGCCCUGCGGCGGCGGCGGCUUCUGAUGCGACCGCGGCUGGGGCUGGUAGCGGCGGUGGCGACGGCGCGGCUGGGUCCGGUGGCGCAGCAGCUGCCGAGCCGCUGGCAGCAGCAGUGGACGUGGACGACGCGCUAGUUGCGGCGCUGGCGGAGGCGGCGGGUCGGGGCCACACAGCGGUGGUGGCGGCGCUGCUAUGCGGGUUCGGGACCGCGGCUACUCCUGAUCCUGCUGCUGGUGGUGGCGGCCUUAAUGCUACUGCUGGUGACGGCGGCGGCACGGCAGAUGCCGGUAGUGCUGCACCAUCAGCGGCCGCCGUGGGCCCCUGGCUGCAGCCGCGUGCCGUGUCACCCCCUGCUGGCAGCCACGCAGGUGGGGGAGAGGCAGGGCUGGGCGGGCGGCGGCCACAGCAUCUGGCAGGGCGGCGAGGGCGGCGGCUGAAAGUGGCUGCAAUCGCAGCGGCUCUGUUGCGUGCGAGCAGAGGCGGCCACAGCGCCUGCGUCGCGCUCCUGCUGCGUUGGGUGGAAGCGGCGGCAGUAGCGCAUGUGCAUGGAGGCGGCGGCAGUAGCAGCGCCAGCGGCAGUAGCAGCGCCAGCGGCAGCAGCAACAGCAGCAGCAGCGGUAGCAGUAGCACCAACGGCGGCCUGUGUUACGCACAGGAGGCGCUGCGUGUUGCGGCUGGAUCGGGUCAGGUGGGCACGGUAGCUCUGCUGCUUGGGACCCACCGCACCACCGCCGCAGCAGCUGCCACUGACACCGGCGGCACCACUACUACUGGGGACGAUGCAAGCGUUGGCCCCAGCGGCGGCGGCGGCGGCAGUUUGAGCAGUGCCCCCAUGCCGCCCCGGAACGUGCGGGCUGUGCCGGACAGGCAUUCGCUGCUGCUGGCUGUGUCAUCCGGGCCGCACGUGGGAGUGCUGCGCCUGCUGCUGUCGGCCGCUGCGGACAACGGUGCGGACUCAACAGGGCUGCUGCAAGAAGCGGGCGACGCCCUGUGCGUAGCAGCGGAAAUAGUCGCUACUGCCGUCGCCUCUGCCAAUGCAGCAGCUGCAGCUGCAAAGGCGUCAUCCGCCGCUGCGGCUGCGACUGUCACGGAGCCAGUGACUGCUGCAGUGGCAGCGGCCGGCGCCAACGUCGUUGGUCAUGGCGCUGAUGCAGAAACAGCACCGCCGUUUGAUGCUACAGUUACUACAGCUGCUGCUGCUACUGCUGCUACAGCUGCUGAUCGAGCAGCCCGCGGCCUGGAGGCUAUGGAGCUGCUGCUGGCGGCCGGCGUCAGCCCGCCUUCACGGGCGCUCAUGGCUGUGGUGAAGGCAGCUGUAGCAGCCGGCGGCACCGCCACUGCUACAGCCCAACACGCCCUCCCGGCGCUGCUGGCGGCCGGCGCGGACCCGAACGCGGACGACGGCGCGCCGCUGCUGGCAGCCUGCAGUGGCGCAGGCGGCGCCGCUGCCACAGCUGCGGUGCGGGCGCUGCUGGCAGCUGGGGCGAAGCCCGGGUGGCGGCAGGGACUGGCGCUGGUGCGGGCGUGUGUGGCGGGCAAUGCCGACAGCGUGGACGCCCUCCUGACCGCCAGCGCUGCUGCUGCGGCAGCUGCUCCUGCUCCUGACACUCCUUACCCUGUUUCUGCUACUGCUGCCACUGCUACUGCUGGCGGCGCUGACGACCUGGUCAACGCGCGCGGCGGCUCGGCGCUGCUGGCCGCGGCGGCACGCGGUUGCUGUGACGUGGUACAAACGCUCCUGGCGGCUGGCGCAGACCCACGCACAGCUACACCAUACUCGCUGGCCACGCCGCCGGCGCCAGCUUGUGACGCUGCUGCUAGUGAGGUAGCGGCCGGCGGCCCGUCCCACGAUGGAGCUGGCGACUGCGCUGCCGGUAGUGACAGUGUCAGGGCCGCCGCCGCCGCCGCCACUGAUGCCUCCGUUAGCAGCCCGGUCGGGACGCAGCGGCGAAUGGACGUAGCGGCGGCUGCGCUGGCGGCGAAGCUAGACGAGCGGUGGGCAGCUGACCGCCGGGAGCUGCUGUUGCUGCUGCUGGCGGCGCCCCCCUUCCAGCGCAGUGCCGCCGCGCUGCUACUGGACUGCGGGCCAUUGGUGGCGGCGUGCGCCGCGUGCGGCGGCAUUGAGGGCCGUGACGGCGUGGCGGGCGUGGACAGCGUGGAGGGCGGCUACGCCGGCACAGUGGCGGCGCUGCUGGCGGCGGGCUGCGAUGCCAACGCGGCGUGCGGCCUGCCGCUGCGGCUUGCAGCGGCGGCGGGCAACGUGCACGUGGUGCGGGCGCUGCUGCGGGGCGCGGGCAAAGGGUCGGGAGGGCUGCGGGCGCCGCGGGAUGCGAGUGCGGCAGCGGCAGUGGGGACGGAGGUCGAGGCGGGUUGGAAAGCUGGAGAGGAGGGCGGUAGGAGUGUGGAGGGUGCGGCUGCGGACGCGGCAGCGUUUGCGGGUGGCGCGCUGGUGGCGGCGGCCCGGCGCGGGCGUACGGCGGUGGUGGUGGAGCUGCUGCGGCACACGGUGUCGGUCACCACUGAGAUGUGCAGCAGCGGCAGCAGUAGCAGCAGUGGCAGCGAGGGCAUUGUAGCUAGCCCCGUGACAGCGACCCAGCAAGCAGAAGCGACUAGCAUGGAGCAGCUGAAUGCGGAGUUGCAGCAGCAGCGGCAGCAGCAGCAGCACUCAUCCCUGGUGCGGCGGUUGGUGACGGUGCCGGGCGGCGCGGCGGCGCUCGAGCACGCGGCUCGCAGCGGCCACGAGGGCUGCGUGGCGGCGUUGCUGGCGGCGGGUGUGCCGGCGGACGCAGGUGGAGGUGCAGCGUUGCGUGGGGCGGAGGCGGCGGGGAGGGCAGGCGUGCAGAGGCUGCUGGCGGCGGCGCUGCAUAAGCUGGCGCCCUCCGGUAGAUAGCUAAGUCGUGGGAACAGGCAUUUGACGUCGGUGCAGGGCAUGUUCGGUAGGGUGUCAAUGUGUCAUGCAUGGAUGCAUGGGUGUGUCUUGACGUGCAGCGUGAGGAUUGGGCGGCCUGUGAUGAAACGGACGCAUUGGACAUGGCCGCCUAUGUGACAGCCGGUGUGGCGGUGUGAUGCCAAUGCUGACACACGAGAAAGAUACGGGCUCCCUGGUGGCAACACGCAACAGACCACGAACGGCGCGGACAAGAGCAGGCUAGCGUGCUGGCUGCGUGCUGAGAGACGAGCUUAGUCUUGUUACCGGUCUAGGAACGCUAUCCUAGU